CUGGUGUGCAACUCGGUCUCGCCCCCGACAAACGAAGACCCUCACCCAGUUUGCGUUACGCAGCAAAUCGGGGACCGAGGGAUGAGCGGGGCGGGCGCCUCGGACGGUCCGAAAUGGGGCGUUGCCAGUUUAAAAGACUCUGCGCGACGAAUCCAGAAGGAGCUCAACGAGAUUAAGAACGACCCUCCCCUUAACUGCUCGGCCGGUCCCAAGGGCGACAACAUCUACGAAUGGGUCGCCACCGUGCUCGGCCCUGUCGACUCCCCUUACGAAUCCGGUACGUUCUCCACGCACGCACACGCACUCUUUCCUGCACCGCCAAACGUGAGCUCUGACAGACGACUGACCCACCCGCAAGGCGUUUUCUUUCUGGCAAUCGAGUUUCCGAACGACUACCCCUUUACUCCGCCCACUAUCACGUUCCGUACGCGCAUCUAUCACUGCAACAUCAACUCUCUCGGUGUGGUGUGUCUGGCCUCUCUCAAGUCCAAUUGGAGCCCCGCGCUAACCGUGUCCAACCUUCUCGGUGCGAUCCUCGGGCUGCUAGUCGAGCCCAACCCGCACGACCCGCUGGUAGGCUCGAUCGCGGUGGAGUACUUAACUGAUCGCCCCAAGCACGACGCGAUCGCGCGCGACUGGACGGAGCGCUUCGCCUCCUAGCCGCGGGCCCUACCGCCUACCCGGGGGCUUGUUCCGGCUGGCCUCCUCCUCCGUGGUGCCGAGCACGAGCUCCAGCCCCUCGCGCGUCUCCUUCUUCGUCUUGUUGCGCCGGUACGCGGCCACCAGCUGCGGCAUGCGCUUCAUGCAGCGCUCGAUCUCCUGCCUCUUCUCCAC